AUGUCACCUUCUGACGUUGACGGCGGAUACAAUGCAUUGUAUGACUUUUUAACAUGUCCAUUGUUAAAUAUCAAUCAUUUUAAACAAAUGAUUGCAGUAAAGGGCGUCGAGCCAUUCACAAGACGUCCAAUCAAUUAUUACUUGGCUCGGAAUCCAAUACUAAGGGUUGACAUUGCACUGUUACGACAAGUACUGGUUACACUCAAACAAGAUUUGAAAGUGGAUGUAUCACAAUGCUACGAAUUUUGGAUGGAAGCAGUCAGAUCAAACAACAUUGAAUUCUACCAAUAUAUGCGCGAUUGUGGUCACAUUGAAUUCCCAACACCCCAAUCUGACUUUGGAUUACUGUUGAUACGUUUGGCAACAACACCCAACCAUCUAAAGGAAUAUGUGGUCGACAGACAUCUCAUUCCUCUUCCACGUGGCACAAAAGUGUUGGAAGCAGUACUACAAGAUUGUUUGGCAAUCGAUAACAACAACAACAACGUUGUUGAUUGGCUUGAAAAAGUAGAUUUCAAGAGAAUUGUAGAGACUGGUGAUUUGGAAAUCUAUAAAGUUUUAGAAUCAUUUCAAGAGAAACAACAAAAGAAAGUUGAAAAGCUUCAAACAACAAAAAGAAACCAUACAUUUUAA